GAGUCUCACUCUGUUGCCCAGGCUGGAGUGCAGUGGUGUAAUCUUGGCUCACCGCAACCUGCAUCUCCCAGAUUCAAGCGAUUCUCCUGCCUCAGCCUCCCGAAUAGCCAGGAUUACAGAUGCGCGCCACCACGCCCAGCUAAUUUUUGUAUUUUUAGUAGAGACGAGGUUUCACCGUGUUGACCAGGCUGGUCUCGAACUCCCGACCUCAGGUGAUCCACCCGCCUCGGCCUCCCAAAGUGCUGGGAUUACAGGUGUGAGCCACUGCGCCCAGCCUUGUGACUGGUUUGUGUUACUGGGCGUAAUGUCUUCAAGGGUCAUCCAUGCUGCAUCAUGUAUCAGAAUUUCAUUCCUUUAAGGUUGAAUGGUAUUGCAUUGCAUGUAGACACCACAUUUCGUCUGUCUCAUCGGUGGGUGAACUGAUGUGAACCAUUGUGAAUAAUGGGGCCAUGAACAUGAGUGUAUGAACAUCUGUUCAACUCCCUGCUUUUGAUUCUUUUGAAUAUGUACCCACAAGCAGCAUUGCUGGAUCAUACGAUAAUUCUAUUUUUAAUUUUUUGAGUCAUGAUCAUAUUGUUUUUCACAGCGGAUGCACCAUUUUAUAUUCCCACCAACGGUGCCCAAGGGUUCCAAUUUCCCCAUAUCCUCGCCAACACUUGUUUUACUGUUUUGCUUUUCACAGUUACCAUCCUAAUGGACACAGGGAUGCUUGUAAAGUGACAACCUUCACAUCUUCCCAGAGGCAUCCCAGGUCACCCCACCUAGCACUGCAGACGCCCACGUGGCCCCACCCCUCACUUGGCAAUAUUCUCAUCAAGUGUCAGCACUAGCUUGUUGUAUUGACUGCUCUGGACUCUAAAAGACAGUGUCUUUUAUUGCAUGCUAUAUCCCCAACAUCUAGAACAGUGACAGGCAAACAGUUGUUUAAUAAACGGUGGAAGGAAGGAAGGAAGGGGAGGGAGGGAGGGAAGGAAGGGAGGGAGGGAAGGGAGGGAGGGAAGGAAGGAAGGAAGGUAGGUGGGUAGGUUGGUUUCUAUUUUCCACCAAAAUAUUGAGGCCCUCUCCUGCCUGUCCACUUGCUCUGGUGCGCCUCUCAACCCUCGCGCCCCACCUGGACUCAAUCCCCCAGUCCUGCCUCUCCUUCCGUGGGCCCCCGGGAAGAGCCCCGACAGCAGCCGGCACAUUUGAUUGGGGCCCUGGACAUUUGGGGAGGUUUGGACACGUUCCCGACAGCCUCCCUGCUGUGGGUUAGGUGGGCCUGUCUCGGGCUGGCAGCGAGGACAACGUUGUGGCUAGGUCGUCAGUUAGUGAGCCAGCACCGUUAGAGCCGCCACACUCCGCGCGCCGCCCACGCGCCCCGCCCACGCGCCCCGCCCUUUCCAGUUUUGCCUCGCCUGCUCGGGUCUUCGCUCCUCUAACCCAUACGAUCUUAGCCCCGCCCCCGUGGUGUCGUGGGUCCACGGUACUGGUCCUCUCCUAGAAAGCCGCGAAAUGACCAGUUCCUCAUUGGCCACACGUUCUCCCGCGCCACCACCGCAGCCACAACAACCGCCACGUGCUCAACCUUGGCGCCUGCCCAUUGGCCACCAGCCUCUACCCGCCCACUCUCCCUUUCCGCCCCUAAUUUCCCUCUUCCUCCUUCCAUUGGCUGCCGGGCUCAGGGGCUCUCUUUCCAGCCUGGGGCGCGCAGCGCCUCGGAUGCGGAUUGGCCGAAGGCGGGGCUGGGAGGCGGGUUAAAGAGCGCGUUGCUGGCUGGGCCACGCGUGCAUGAGAAGGUUCAAUGGCGUGGCAGGGACUAGCGGCCGAGUUCCUGCAGGUGCCGGCGGUGACGCGGGCUUACACCGCAGCCUGCGUCCUCACCACCGCCGCGGUGGUAAGCGGCCGGGCGGACCGGACGUCGCCUUGGUUACAGCCUCUGGCGGGGGGGGUGAGGGUCGCCAUGGUUACGGCGUGGCUCCCGGGCAGCUCUUGACUGGCCCCUGGUUCCACAGCAGCUGGAGCUCCUCAGCCCCUUUCAACUCUACUUCAACCCGCACCUUGUGUUCCGGAAGUUCCAGGUCUGGAGGCUCGUCACCAACUUCCUCUUCUUCGGGCCCCUGGGAUUCAGCUUCUUCUUCAACAUGCUCUUCGUCUGCUGGGACUCCUGGGCAGCCUGUUCUUCCUGGGCCAGGCCCUCAUGGCCAUGCUGGUGUACGUGUGGAGCCGCCGCAGCCCUCGGGUGAGGGUCAACUUCUUCGGCCUGCUCACUUUCCAGGCACCGUUCCUGCCUUGGGCGCUCAUGGGCUUCUCGCUGCUGCUGGGCAACUCCAUCCUCGUGGACCUGCUGGGGAUUGCCGUGGGCCACAUCUACUACUUCCUGGAGGACGUCUUCCCCAACCAGCCUGGAGGCAAGAGGCUCCUGCUGACCCCUGGCUUCCUGUGAGUGUUGAGAGUCCUCCCUCCCUCUCCCCGCCCUCAGAAGGAUCCCCACCGAUGGGGACCUGUGUUGGUCUGUGCUCAACACGGGCCCCUCCCCACAGAAAGCUGCUCCUGGAUGCCCCUGCAGAAGACCCCAAUUACCUGCCCCUCCCUGAGGAACAGCCAGGACCCCAUCUGCCACCCCCGCAGCAGUGACCCCUACCCAGGGCCAGGUCUAAGAGGCUUCUGGCAGCUUCCAUCCUACCUGUGACCCCUACGUGGGGCAGAAAAAAACCCGUCCUAAAGGCUGGGCCCAUGCAAGGGCCCACCCAAAUAAACAGAAUGAGCUGCA